AUGGAUUUCGGGUCCUUGGAGACUGUUGUGGCCAACUCUGCCUUUAUCGCUGCCCGUGGCAGCUUUGACGGAAGCAGCACCCCCUCUUCCCGGGACAAGAAGUAUCUAGCCAAGCUCCGGUUGCCCCCACUGUCCAAGUGCGAGAGUCUCCGUGACAGCCUCAGCCUGGAGUUUGACAGCCUGUGCUCAGAGCAACCCAUUGGCAAGAGACUGUUCCAACAGUUCCUGAAGACAGAUGAGAGACACGUGCCAGCUCUGGAGCUCUGGAAGGACAUUGAGGACUACGACACAGCCGAUGAUGACCUACGGCCUCAGAAGGCACAGGCCAUCCUGGCUGAGUACUUGGACCCACAGGCCUCACACUUCUGCAGUUUUCUGGACCAGGGCAUGGUGGCAAAGGUGAGGGAAGGGCCCCCCGGGAGCCAAGAUGGCCUCUUCCAGCCUCUGCUGCAGGCCACCCUGGAUCACCUGAGCCAGGCCCCCUUUCAGGAGUACCUUGAAAGCCUGUACUUCCUGCGGUUCCUCCAGUGGAAAUGGCUGGAAGCCCAGCCCAUAGGUGAAGACUGGUUCUUGGACUUCAGGGUUCUGGGGAAAGGGGGCUUUGGGGAGGUGUCUGCCUGCCAAAUGAAGGCGACCGGCAAGAUGUACGCCUGCAAGAAGCUCAACAAGAAGCGGCUAAAGAAAAGGAAGGGCUACCAGGGUGCCAUAGUUGAGAAGAGGAUCCUGACCAAGGUUCACAGUAGGUUCAUUGUGUCUCUGGCCUACGCGUUCGAGACCAAGACUGACCUCUGUCUGGUGAUGACCAUCAUGAAUGGAGGUGACAUAAGGUACCACAUCUACAAUGUGGAUGAGGAGAACCCAGGCUUCCCAGAGCCACGCGCCAUCUACUAUACAGCACAGAUCAUCAGUGGCCUGGAGCACCUGCAUCAGAGACGCAUCGUCUACCGCGACCUCAAGCCGGAGAACGUGCUGCUGGACAAUGAUGGCAAUAUCCGAAUUUCUGACCUUGGGUUGGCCGUGGAGCUGAUAGAAGGGCAGGAUAAGACCAAGGGCUAUGCAGGGACCCCAGGUUUCAUGGCCCCCGAGCUCCUCCGAGGGGAAGAAUAUGACUUCUCUGUAGACUACUUUGCCCUGGGGGUCACAUUGUACGAGAUGAUUGCAGCCAGAGGACCCUUCCGAGCCCGAGGAGAGAAGGUGGAGAACAAGGAACUCAAGCAGCGCAUCAUCUCAGAGCCCGUGAAAUACCCAGACAAGUUCAGCCAGGCCAGCAAAGACUUCUGCGAGGCACUGCUGGAGAAGGACCCAGAGAAGCGCCUGGGCUUCCGGGCUGGGACCUGUGAUGCACUGAGGGCAAACAUCCUCUUCAAAGACAUCAGCUGGAGGCAGCUUGAAGCCGGGAUGCUGAUCCCUCCGUUCAUCCCAGACUCUAGGACUGUCUAUGCCAAGAACAUACAGGAUGUGGGUGCCUUUUCCACCGUCAAGGGUGUGGUUCUUGAUAAAACCGACACAGAGUUCUUCCAAGAAUUUGCCUCUGGCAACUGCUCCAUUCCCUGGCAGGAGGAGAUGAUCGAGACUGGUAUUUUUGGGGACCUGAAUGUGUGGCGCCCAGAUGGUCAAAUGCCGGAUGACAUGAAGGGAAUCAGCGUGGAGGAGGCAGCCCCUACAGCCAAGUCGGGAAUGUGUCUCAUCUCUUAGCCAAGUGUCUGAGGAGAGCACGGAGCUGCCUGUGUGCAGAGAGGAAAGUGUACUGAGCUCAUGGGAAAAAUGCGACCCUGGUGUCAGCCUGUGCUCACUCCACCCGCGACACCGUGCAACUGUGUCUCCUUGUGGAGCAAGUGAGACUUUCUGUCUAUACCCUACAGACAUGGCAGACCAACUCUUUUGUCCUAUUUCAUCCAGAAGAUACAAAAAGGCCACCACAGAUUGAACAGCAAGGUACAACUUCUCAAAGAACCUCUGCGUAGGAUGUGUGGCCAGGAGCGUGGAUGCUGAGAACCCCACGUUCAGCAUGGAUGUCUUAGUACAUUUCAGGGCAGGCCUGUACUCUGGGGGUCCAUGCUGAACCUCUCCUUGCCUGGUUCCUGCCUUCUCAGCUGCCUUUACCGGGUCACCACCUGCUCCACAAACCCCAGUUUGGAGCUAGUGAAUCUUCAGGGAGUAGAAAGGCUAAAAGGACCUGGUCUUAGCUGAGAGUCAUUGCUUCCUCUCAAGAACAGAGACAGCUACCUCAGAUAGCUGCGGUCUCUGUUCUCAGUCAAUACCUCAUAUGGUAUAUACUCAAAUCGUCAUAGUCAUGUCACAUGUGGUAGGGAGCCCAAGUCUUUACAUGUUAAUGUCAUGUAUGAUGUAUGGCUGAGUCUUCACACCGUCAUUACACCUGUAGUGGGUGUCGUGUUCCCAGGCCAUCUUUGUUCUGCCACCCCCUUCUUGUUUAUGAGGGAAGGUGACCUUCAUGUACCGGGUCAUUUUGGAAGAUUGCUGGAUGAAGCCAGCACUGGAUGACAACCCUCGACCAGCAUCUCCCAAGUUGCGUGAGGGUACAAGCAUCUGUCGAGAGCAUGCCACCAAUAAACCCCAGGCCAGCUGCACUGUGCAGGAUUCCAGAUAUUGCUAUAGAUGCGCCUUGCACACAUGAUAUCCCGGGGACUAAUGCUGGAUGCUGAAGAAGUCUGUGCCAGGAUUCUGCUCUUCUCAGAGAACCUGACACUGGAAUUGUGGGGUGCUCUGGAAGGGUCUUGGGGUUGUCCGUGCUCAUACCUUCUGGACCAUGGCCUGGAGCCUCCUGCGGCUGAUUAGUGCUGAGUGAUGUAUAUAAAGGCAAACCCUCCACCAUCCCACCUCCCUCCAUCCUGUAGAGCAUCUCACAAGUAUCAAGGGCUGCGUGCGUAUUUUAUUUAUGUUUGGGAGCUCAUUUAACAGCUCCUGGCUGAAGACCCUGGCACUUUGGCUGUCUCAUCCGUGGAAAAGGGUGGGUUUCCGCAGCCACAGCAGGUUCUGGGGAGGCCUAGUCCUUGGUACACUAAUUAUCAUCCCUGUUUGGCCUGCCUAGAGCUCAUGGAUCUGACAGUAGAAUCUGUGUGACUUCACAAGCUCUGUCCUGGGUCCUCCCUCACCCUGGGCUACAGACAGAAGAGCAAGACAUCCAGUCCAGUUUAAAUUUCAGACAAAUAGUGAACACUUUCCCAGGGUAUGUCCCAGCAGUAUUUGGGACAUACUUCCACUCAAACUUCAUAGUUUGUCUGGAAUUCAUAUUUAAUUGGAUGCUCUGUAGGUCUUUUUUAAAACUCUAAAUCUACCCAGUCUAUCGCAGACCCAUCAAGCAGGGAUGGAAUUGGGAGCAAUGCUGCUUUGCUUUUCCGUGUCUCUUGGUCAGGGGAGGGCUCUCCUCACUCGGGCCUGCUCGCAUACGUAAGCUUGAGUGUCAUGUCACUCAGAGACACAUCCUAAGGCUGUUAGAGAGCACAGACACCCAGCAGCCAUGUUCUUGGCCGUACACACAGGGCACUGCUAGCUUCGCCAGGGGGAGGUGCUGAGUGGAGAAAGAUGAACUGCUUGCUCUGUGCUCUCUGGGUAGAGAUUUUAGCCAACUCCUCUUCCUAGAGAUUUCUUUGACGGGUUUAAGGGACCUCCACCGUAGAUGUUCUCUCAGGGACAGUAACUUUCAGCCUAGAGAGCUUCCCCAUUGCCAUGGUCCCUCCUUACCUCUACAGUUUAUAAACGCCUAGGUCCUAGAGCUCAGGUCUUGCCUGGACACCGAUCCCAGGGAGCUACAGGUCACCCACUGUGGUUCUGACAGUUGCCAGGCCCCCUUGGCUCUAACCUUCCAGAAGACAGCAUAUCAUUACUAGUUGUAGGAUGUCUUGGAUGCUGAUAUGCAGGCCUGUGGAAGGGAAAGGACUUUUCCUUACCCAAGAUGAGGAGACAUCCCUAGGACCGGAAGCCCACCUGGAAGCCCUGUGAGAUAUAGAUUGUCUUGUACUCAGGUCACCAACAUGUUGAGAACUGUUUCACUUUUGGCCACUCGGAGAUAUACCACUGUGGUGACAUUCAUUCUGCAAUGAACUCUAAUAAUUCUUCACUCUCAGGAGGUUAGAGGUAGAGGAGGCACCUGAGACUAGACAGAGAGGACUCUGGGAGUUGGAGGUCAUCUGGAGAAGGACAGGAUCCCACUAUGAGCAGUAGGGACAUGUCAGCUUUUACAGUAUUGUAUUCAAACUGAGUUUGAAUUUUAUUCCUUUUUAUGGACAUUAUUGAUAAUUAUAGGAAUAGUUAUCAAGGAUUGUGACAUUCUAUAGCAGGCCCUGAAACUCUUCCCAAACCCAAAGUCAUCACAAGAGGUCUGGGAGGCUCAGUGCCCAAGUCUCUGGCUACGGUUUGAUGAAGGUUUAGUGUGUGCCCAAAGCUCUGUGUUUUGGAAGUUGUACCUCUUGUGAGGUAAUCUAGGUAGUAUGGGACAUUUAAGAGAUGGAGCAUAAGAGCUGGUCUUUGGGGCAGUGCUUUGGAAAGGCUUGGCUAAUUCUGUGGAUUUCUGUCUGGGCUGUAAGAGCAUGGGUUCCACUGCAGAUGUGAGUCUGACCUCUGAGCCCCAAGGCUUCCUGUCUGUCUACAUUUUCUUUCGCAGCUGUGUGUGCUCUCAGUGAGUCUAUUGUGCCAUCACCAGAGGUCAAACAAACGGGGUCACUCAUCUUGGCUUUCCAGCUUCCAAACUGGGUUAAAUAAACCUCCUCACAAAUUACCCUCUCUGUGGUAUUUUGCUAUAGUGGAUAUUUUGCUAACAGUGAAUAAACUGUUAACUUUAGAGUUUUACAUUGAUACAAAGUAGACUUCUGGAUCUAGACAAGAUGGUACACACACACACACACACACACACACACACACACACACUGUGGUGGUUUGAAUAGGUUUGAAUUGGCCCCCACAUGUGAAUGGCCUCCAUUCAUAUAUUGUUCAUUAGGGAGUGGAGUUACUUGACAGAGAUUAGGAGGUGUGGCCUUGUUGGAGUAGGUGUGGCCUUGUUAGAGCAAGUGUGUUACUAGGGAUGGGCUUUGAGGCUUCAAAUGUUAAAGCCAGGCUCAGUAUCUCUCUCUUCCUGCUGCCUGUUGAUCCAGAUGUAGAAGUCUCAGCUAUUUCUCCAGCAGCAUGUCUGCUGACAUGUUGCCAUGAAGAUAAUGUCCUAAACCUCUGAAACUGUAAGCAAGCUCCAAUUAAAUUAUUUGCUUUAUAAGAGUUGCUAUGGUCUUAGUGUCUCUUCACAGCAAUAGAACACUGACUAAGACAGAAGUUGGUACCAGGGAGCUGGGUAUUGCGGUGAUAGACCUGACCACACUGCUUGUUUGUAGAAUGUGGACUUUGGGACUUUGGAUUAGGAAAGUAACUGAGUUGAAUGCUUUUGAGGUUUACUGGGCCAUCCUGGUAGGGGUGUGGAAGACAGUGGUGCCAGAAAAAUUUAGAUUAUGAUGGACUGACUCAGGAGGGUUCAGAGGAGAAGCAUGUGAGUAAGUGUCAUAGAGAGUAUUCUUGUGAUAUUUUGGUGAAUAAUGUGGCUUGCUUUUUGCCCUUGUCUGAAAAGUCUGCCUGAAGCUAAAUAUAAGAGUUUGGGAUUGAUGGCAUUGGCAGAGGAGAUGUUAAACAGCCCAUUAUUGACUAUGACAUGUGGUUAUCAGUGGCCACGUGUUUGCAUAUCUAUAAUGAAAAAGAGCAAACUGAGCAAGGAAAAAUACAAAAUGUACAAUUUGAGGAGAAAGUUGGCACCAGGAAGUGUAAUGGAGCUAAGUCUUGUGCUCAAGGAAAUAAACAGAUUUAAGAAAAGCCUGAUGCUAAGUGGAAUAAAGGGAGUGGUGACCUCAGGGCAAGACUCCACCCAGUUAAACUUGCAACUUGUGAAAAGCAACUAAAGAAAUCUUAAGAAGUAAAGGAAGUGAUCAACAAGAGAUGUAGUUGAAUAGGGGGCCAUGUUCCAGCCCCAGCAAACAGCAGAACUUUGCAGCUUCAGCCAUGUAGUUUAGAGUCAAGGACAGAAGAAAGAGGUGUGGAAUCUCCCUCUGUGACUAAGGAAGGCUGCUGAGGCCAGCUGUGCAUCCAUGGUGUCCCUGCAUGGAGGCCCAGAGAGGCCAUUGCCUGAAGUUGUAAAGGUGAAGCCUGGAUUGCCUUGGAAACCCCAAGAUUUUGAAGAUGCCAGAGCUGUGGGAUACCUGCCAAGGCAAGGUACUAAUAGGAAGCGGAACCAGCCCGGGAGAAAGAAGUGUGUUGCAGUCAACAAAGCUGAAAGGAGUUGGAGAUCUGAAGGGCCCAUUGACAUUAGACAUGGGGAUGCCAAGUUAGGAGUUUGCCCAGCUGGUUUUUGGUCUUGCUUUGGUCCAGUAUUUCCUCGCUAUGCUCCCUUCCCUAUGUUUUGAGAUGGUAAUGUGUAUCCUGUGCCAUUGUAUGCUGGAAGUGUGUGAUAUGUGUUUUGAUUUUUAUUUUACAGGGGUGUAUACUUAAGAGAAUGCUGUGAGUCUCAGAAGAGAUUUUGAACUUCGGACUUUUAAAUAGGGUUGAUACUGUGAUAGACUACGGGGACUUUCGAAGUGGGACUGAGUGCAUUUUCUGUAUUAAAAUAUAGCUACAAGCCUUUGGGGGCCAGGGAGUGGAAAGUGGUGGUUUGAAUAGCAAUGACCACCAUAGGUUCAAAUAUUUGAACGCUUGGUCAUUAGGGAGUAGCACUACUUGAGAGAGAUUAGGAGGUGUGGCCUUGUUGGAGUGGGUGUGGUCUUGUUAGAGGAAGUGUGUUACUGGGGGUGGGCUUUGGGGUUUCAGAUGCUAAAGCUAGUCCCCGUAUCUCUCUCUUCCUGUUGCCUGUGGAUCGCACCAGUUGGCCUAUGUGCUGCCAUGCUAUCUGCCAUGAUGAUAAUGGACUAAACCUCUGAAGUUGUAAG